AGAGAGGGCAAAGUCCAGCCUCAGCCUCCGUCCAAACCCUGUCUGGAAAAACUAGGAUUACAGGUCUUGCAAAGGAAGAUUUACAAACCGGGGCCUGUGUUAGUCUGCAUGUUAAAUGAGCCGCCAGGAUAGGCUUCAGUGACUAAACUGGGUUUGAAUCUGGGUUUUUGUUUGUUCCGUUGGUGUGUGUGCGUGUUAGAGGAUGAGUGUGCACCUUCUCGUCCUAUGUCUGGCUCUGCUGCAGCAGGGGGGGAGAGCCAGGCCCGACCGUCCGGGCUGCAGGAGCCCUGAAGUGGUGAGGGUGGCGGAAGAGGCCCUGGACCAGAUCAACCAGGACCGGACAGACGGAUACAUCCUGACCCUCAACAGACUGUACGACCUCUCUCACACGAUCGGAAAGACAGGUGGGUCAUUCUACAAACUGACCAUUGAUGUCAUGGAGACCAAAUGCCACAUCACCAGCAGGCGACCAUGGAAACAAUGCGAAGUCCGAGAUAUUAGUGACGUCCCAGUGUAUGGCGAGUGCGAGGUGUCGGCCUCUGUUGACUCUCAAGUCAAACUUCUCAGCUACUCCUGUGCACUUCGUGAAGUUCCCGCUACUGUCGUGGUGGAUGUGUGUCCGGACUGUCCCACAGCUGACAACCUCGACGAGCCCGUCGUCAAGGAGACGGCCAACCUCUCACUACAGAGGUUCAACGAAGAGAGCCACCUGGCAAACUACUUUACUCUGGAGAACGUUACGAGAGCCAGUUCACAGUGGGUUGUUGGUCCUUCCUACUUCGUGGAGUUCACCAUCCUGGAGACUGCGUGUUUAAAGACCACAGAGGCCAGUGAGCUGGGCAGCUGCCCCCCUAUGGACUGUCAGUUUGCUCAUAGAGGCUUCUGCCUGGGCUCGCACGUGGCCCACGAGGACCCGUUUGAAUACCGACUGCCUGUCGGAAACAAGGGCAGCUCCCUCCGGAACCGGAUGGCUGUCGAUGUGAAGUGUGAGAUCUACGAACCCCAGGCUGCCGCUGUGGAGGAGCAGGCCCAUGUGAAAGCGGACAGCGAACACAAUGAGCAUCAGCACCACAACCACACACACCUGCACCCGCACGAGCACACGCACCCAGUCACGGCCAGCGGCAACCUCGCGGUCUCGGAGCCCCGGGGGGCCCUCGGGACUGUGGUGGACCGGGCCGCCCCGCUCCGAUCCGCCCCGGCAGCCAGCGCCUGCCCCGGCCCACGCAGACACAAGCUGGGCUUGGACAGUCUGAAGCUCUGAUUGGUCCAGAGCCAUGGGGCGUUGAUCUACUGAUCGGCCACUCGAGCUAUACCCAAGUGAUGUAAUUAGUUCAGAAAGACCGCAAAUUGUAACCUCGAAUAUGGGAGGGCAGUACAUCACUCUUGUAAAUAAUCUGAUUGUUUGAUUAAAGAAUUGACAUGAGUUCAUUUUACACAUAACAUUGGAAAUUAUUCAGCCGUUUCUGAAAACAUCUCUGAAAGGGAUUCUCUCAGGACAUUUAAAACACUUAUAUUUGACCAAGUUUGUCUGUAAAUUAGAUGGCCAUGAAUACGCUUCGAAGGCAGAUCAAAAUACAAUGUUUUCUAAUCCAGUGACAUGGCUACAUUGCCAAGAGGAGAGGACACACAGCCGUGACAACACAAGGGGGAUACACACAAGUAGUAGUUAACAGAAAGGGUUUUAUUUAAUUUAGGAAGCAUAACAUAACAGUAGUUUCAGUGGUGGAGGUGAGUACAUCAGCACAUCUGAUAUGUUCUGUAGUUUCAGGUCAAACCAUACUCUCCUACAGACGGCCAAGCAGGGCAUCAGGACAGCGAGCGAAAGAGAGCUCCUGAGGCCAGAGGGCCUUCUAAAUGCAGCACUGGCACACAAGGCACAGGUGUUGCCAAUGCUGCUGAUUACCUCAGGUGUUUCCACUCUUCUGAUGACCCUUGGCCACGCCCACCUGCAGGGACGUGAGCCAGUGGCAGAGAGGGUCGUUACACCAACAAACACAAACACUUAAAAACAUUCAAUUUUAUACAUAUCAUUUUGACAUUAGAGUUGUCUCGAUGUUGUCUGAGGGUGGGCCCACAGUGUCAGACUUGUGUUUGAUUGAUUAUUAUGAAGGAGAUACUUGUUGUAUUUCUCAGAAAUAUCAAACGCUGACAGAUAUUUUAGCAUCACUAAUUUAUAAUGAUUUCAUUUUCGACUUCAAAUAAUUAAAACGCAUUUACACUGGC